GCGCCAAGCCCCACCUCCGCUCAGCGCGCGCCCCUCCCCUUUCUCCUCCCGCACUGCUCCCGGAGAGCUGGGGAGCCCGAGGCUGGCCCGAGGUGGCUGGAGCUGUUGCCAUGACAAGCAUUUUCUUAAGAAAGCUCCGCUGUUGAGACCGUCCAACGCUGCGGGUGGGGAGGGGGCAGGAACUUCCUGGGGAACAUCCCUCCGAAGAGAGCAAGAUCCGAGACGCCCACCCAGCUGCCUGCACCCAUUCUCAUCCAGGAAGGUCCUUCUCAUUGGAAGGGCCGGGGGAGGAGACCCAGCCCACUCCCCGGCCGUAGCUGGAAAGGCGAGAGCGCGAGGCCAGCAUCUCUAGCUUGGUGGCCACGUUGGGGAGACCGGUGGGUGGCCACCUCGCCCAACCCGUCCAUGGAAACCCGGAGGGAGAGUCCCGCUUGGAGAAACCUGGAUCUUUGCUAGAAAGAGAGAAAUCCAGCUGUCAUCGGUAUCCAGGGAGCCCUCAUCUUCCUCCUCCUGCUGCCACUCUACCAUCGAAGUUGCUGGUUGUUGCUAAGGUUGCCUCCAUGGUAACAUGUACAUCCUGUUUACACCUUCAUCUGGGCAAGUCAGUCUAAACUAGGAACCUACUUACUCUGGACAACAGCUUGCAUCACCACCCAGGGGACACCCAUCAUCGUGACACAAGGUCCGCCUUCUACUCAGUUCCCCCAUCCUCUUCCUCCUCUCACUGCCAGGCUUCAUACAGAAGAAAGUAUCUAGGUUUGGGUUUGCUACCCUGAAGCUUACUGCACAAGAUAUAGUCAAUAUAUAUUCUAACUGGGCCCCCAGAGAAGCAAGAAGCAGGAAGAAGUGGGGACAAGAAGGCAGGAGGUACUGAUCUGUUGAAGGGAAACUACUCAUCUUCUCUGGUUGAGGGACUGGUAACCGCAAGCAAAAUGACAAACCUAUUAGAACAUUCCUUGCCGGCCAACUCAAUAGCCGAAAGUCAUGAAGGGGACUUUGGCUGCACAUUAAUGGAACUGAGGAAGCUCAUGGAGCUGCGUUCAACUGAUGGACUGAACGAGAUCAAUCUCCACUAUGGAGGUGUACAGAAUCUCUGCAAUAGACUGAAAACCUCCCCUGUGGAAGGUCUCUCUGGGAACCCUGCAGAUCUGGAGAAACGCAGACUUGUGUUUGGACAGAAUUUCAUCCCCCCAAAAAAACCCAAGACCUUCUUAGAAUUAGUGUGGGAAGCCCUUCAAGAUGUCACACUCAUCAUCCUGGAGAUUGCAGCCAUCAUCUCCCUGGUCUUGUCCUUUUAUCGCCCCCCUGGUGGAAAAAAUGAAUUGUGUGGUGAAUCUGCAAGCAACCCAGAUGAUGAAGGGGAGGCAGAAGCUGGCUGGAUCGAGGGGGCAGCCAUCCUGUUCUCAGUGAUCAUCGUGGUGUUAGUGACAGCGUUUAAUGAUUGGAGCAAGGAGAAACAGUUCCGAGGGCUACAGAGCCGCAUUGAACAGGAGCAAAAAUUCUCCAUCAUUCGGAAUGGCCAGCUCAUCCAGCUCCCUGUGGCCGAGAUUGUGGUGGGUGACAUCGCCCAGAUCAAAUACGGUGAUCUGCUGCCUGCAGACGGAAUCUUGAUCCAGGGAAAUGAUCUGAAGAUUGAUGAGAGCUCUCUGACAGGGGAAUCAGACCAUGUCAAGAAGUUAUUGGAUAAAGACCCCAUGUUGCUCUCAGGGACCCAUGUGAUGGAAGGUUCCGGCAGAAUGGUAGUGACUGCUGUGGGGAUCAACUCCCAGACAGGCAUCAUUUUUAGCCUCUUAGGGGCGAAUGAAGACGAGGAGGAAGAGAAGAAGAAGAAAGGUAAAAAACAAGGAGUCCCUGAAAAUCGCAACAAAGCAAAGACCCAAGAUGGAGUGGCCUUGGAAAUCCAGCCACUCAACAGCCAGGAUGGGGCCGACAAUGAGGAGAAGGAGAAGAAGACAGUCAAGUUGCCCAAGAAGGAGAAGUCGGUGCUGCAGGGCAAGCUGACUCGCUUGGCUGUUCAGAUCGGGAAAGCUGGCCUGAUCAUGUCUGCUGUCACAGUCAUCAUCCUGAUUCUGUAUUUUGUGAUUGAUAACUUUGUGAUACAGCGAAGACCAUGGCUACCUGAGUGUACACCUAUCUACAUCCAGUACUUUGUCAAGUUCUUCAUCAUCGGUAUCACUGUGCUGGUGGUAGCUGUGCCAGAGGGACUGCCACUGGCUGUCACCAUCUCACUGGCCUACUCUGUGAAGAAAAUGAUGAAAGAUAACAACCUGGUACGGCACUUGGAUGCUUGUGAGACAAUGGGCAAUGCCACAGCCAUUUGCUCUGAUAAGACGGGCACAUUGACUAUGAAUCGCAUGACAGUGGUACAAGCUUAUAUUGGAGGCACCCAUUACCAUCAAGUCCCAAGCCCUGAUAUCUUCCUGCCCAGGGUCCUGGACCUUAUUGUCAAUGGCAUUUCUAUCAACAGUGCUUAUACCUCCAAGAUUCUGCCUCCAGAGAAGGAGGGAGGCCUGCCACGGCAGGUGGGCAACAAGACCGAGUGUGCUCUGCUGGGCUUUGUCACUGAUCUGAAGCAGGAUUACCAGGCAGUACGCAAUGAGAUGCCUGAGGAGAAGCUCUACAAGGUGUACACCUUCAAUUCAGUACGCAAGUCCAUGAGCACGGUCAUCAGGAAACCUGGUGGUGGCUUCCGCAUGUUCAGCAAGGGCGCUUCUGAGAUCCUCUUGCGCAAGUGUAAUCGGAUCCUGGACAAGAAAGGGGAAGUAAUGCCAUUCAAGAGUAAAGACCGAGAUGAUAUGAUACAAAAUAUCAUUGAGCCUAUGGCCUGUACGGGACUCCGGACUAUCUGCGUAGCUUACCGGGAUUUUGAUGACGAAGAGCCCACAUGGGACAAUGAGAAUGAAAUUCUCACUGAGCUGACCUGUAUCGCAGUGUUGGGCAUUGAGGACCCUGUACGCCCAGAAGUACCGCAAGCUAUUGCCAAAUGCAAAAAAGCUGGCAUUACUGUCAGAAUGGUGACAGGUGACAACAUCAACACAGCCCGAGCCAUCGCCACCAAAUGUGGCAUUCUGACACCUGGGGAGGACUUCUUGUGUUUAGAAGGCAAAGAAUUUAACAGACUCAUCCGCAAUGAGAAGGGCGAGGUAGAACAAGAAAAGCUAGACAAGAUCUGGCCUAAGCUUCGGGUGCUGGCACGGUCUUCCCCCACAGACAAGCACACGCUGGUGAAAGGUAUCAUUGAUAGCACUAUUGGGGAUCAGCGGCAGGUGGUGGCUGUUACUGGUGAUGGCACAAAUGAUGGACCCGCUCUAAAAAAAGCAGAUGUUGGUUUUGCCAUGGGUAUUGCAGGCACAGAUGUAGCAAAGGAGGCAUCAGACAUCAUCCUGACAGAUGACAACUUCACCAGCAUCGUGAAAGCAGUGAUGUGGGGACGAAACGUCUAUGACAGUAUCUCCAAGUUCCUGCAGUUCCAGCUCACUGUCAAUGUGGUGGCUGUGAUCGUCGCCUUCACUGGAGCCUGUAUCACCCAGGAUUCUCCAUUGAAAGCUGUGCAGAUGUUGUGGGUUAAUCUAAUCAUGGACACUUUUGCUUCACUGGCCCUGGCCACAGAGCCCCCUACAGAGUCUCUAUUAAAGCGACGCCCCUAUGGCCGAAAUAAGCCUCUGAUCUCACGUACUAUGAUGAAGAACAUCUUGGGCCAUGCAGUCUACCAGCUUACUGUCAUCUUUGUCCUGGUCUUUGCUGGUGAAAAAUUCUUUAACAUUGACAGUGGGAGGAAGGCACCUCUACAUUCACCACCCAGCCAGCACUAUACCAUUGUCUUCAACACCUUCGUGUUGAUGCAGCUCUUCAAUGAAAUCAAUUCCCGAAAAAUCCAUGGAGAGAGGAACGUCUUUGCAGGCAUCUACCACAACCUCAUCUUCUGCUCUGUAGUCUUGGGCACGUUCAUCACCCAGAUUUUCAUUGUGGAAUUUGGGGGUAAGCCCUUCAGUUGCACAAGCCUCAGCCUGUCCCAGUGGUUGUGGUGUCUCUUCAUCGGGAUUGGAGAACUUCUGUGGGGCCAGAUCAUUUCUGCAAUACCUACCCAAUCUCUGAAGUUCCUAAAGGAGGCUGGACAUGGUACUACCAAAGAGGAGAUCACCAAGAAUGCCGAAGGACUGGAUGAGAUUGACCAUGCGGAGAUGGAGCUGCGCCGAGGCCAGAUCCUCUGGUUCCGGGGCCUGAACCGUAUCCAGACUCAGAUCGAAGUAAUUAACACAUUCCAGACGGGAUCCUCUUUAAAGGGAGUCCUAAAGCGGCAGAGCAUGGGUCAAGCGCUUGAUGUAAAACUUCCUAGCCCAUCCUAUAUCAAAGUGGUAAGAGCGUUCCAUAGCUCCAUCAGCAUGCAGAAACUUGGGAACCAAGACUCCAUCCACAACUUCAUGACCCACCCUGAAUUCGCCAUAGAUGAGGAUUUGCCGCAAACACCAUUCCUGGAUGAGCAAGAGGAAAACCUUAAACAUGUUCCUACGACUGGGACUGGGGUGCUUCUGUUGGAUGGUGAGGUCACUCCGUACGCCAACAAGAACAACAACGCGGUGGAGAGCAGCCAAGUGCAAGUUGUCGCCUCCCAUUCGGACAGCCCUCUCCAAAGCCUGGAGACAUCCGUUUGAACUUCCAGUCUCUGAACCCCAUCCCUGCUGUCCCUAUCUCCUUUUUCAUCCAUCUCAUCUAUAAGGUGAUGAUGAGACUUUUCACUGUCAUGUCAGCCGCUCCCAAGUGUGCGAGAACCCCCACCUGACCACGAAGAAGCCAGAGCACAGCCCUGCGAGGAUUCCAACUUACGCUUGAACUGGGGUUUGUAGCAGGACCCAGUCAAGUGCCAGGCAGGUAAUGGUAGAAUCUGCUCCUCGGUCUAUCAGUUGGCCAUUCCUAAAGAAGUCACAACAGUCCAGAUUCUCCUAUGUUCACACACAUCACCAUCUCCUGACUUGUGGAUUUUUAUCCUGAGUAUCUGCCAUUUAUAAGCCAAGUUGAGUGUUUGGAGAGAAAGAUAAUCCACAAAUUUAUUGAGGCAGGAAUGGAAUGUAAAAAAAAUCAGCCAGAGAGUGAUUGUUUUUAAGACAAUUUUGCCCAUUUUGAGUUCUUAGACCCGAAGUCCCCUGGUUCUUUCUGCCUUCCCAGUCAAACCUCCCUCAGGUUCUUUUGGUCCUUUGUAGCCCUCAUCCUCUUUCCUUUCACUCUUUUUUUUAAAGGUUGUUGUAAUUAAGAGAAUGGAAAAGCUGUGGAUGAGUAGAAUCCUCUUUGACCAUUCUCCCCUCAAGCCCCAAUUGAAGCCUCAGUUUGAUUCUAGAGGCAGACAGAUUCUUUGCUAAAAGGGUCAAGAGCUGGUAAGAAUGUUUCCCUCUCUUUGUCAGGUUAGCUUCUACUUCUGAACUGCCUUCUUGUCAGGUAUAUGUGGUUUUUAAGUACCAGGAAGGUCAACCUUCCCCACAAAGCUUGCAUGUAUGACAUCGUUUUACCAUAGGCCUGAGCUUCCUCCUGUUCCCAGAGUGGUGGCAAAAGAAUGAAGCGAGCGUGACCCUGCCUCCUAGACGGACUUGGAUUUUGAGGACCAGAAGCUGACAGGCCUAGGAUAAACCAGACCAUCAAAGCGAGCAAUUAUGGGGUUCUCCUUGGGGUUACCACUGCUUUCAAAGCCAUCUGCCAAGACUCUUCCAGGGCAGGACCCAGUUGUUGGGGAAGUGAGUGUGAGAGGCCUUGGGAGAGGCCACAGAGCCACUCCGGCAGGAUCUGAGAAAACCUCCCUGCAGGCACCCAAGACCUUGAACUUAGGUGCCCGGGGACCAGCUUCAACAUUCUCUUCAGUCUCCACCUUCUGUUCUUGCUGUGUCCCACAACUUGUUCAUCCUCAGCCUUUCACCCAUAUUCCAAUUUUGAAAACACAUACCCAAAGGGAGAGGCCCCUGUGUAUUGUGCUGACUUAAAGGAGCAAAAGACCCACCCUGUGGGCUCCCCUGCCUCCUCUCCUCCUUUCUCCCACAUGCCCCUCUCCAGCCCCUCUCCAGCAGUGUGCUCCAGCAGCUGCCCAGGAAAGCCCUGUGCCUUUUGCCCUGAACACUGCCCAAAGCAUCCCCUGCCCACCUGCCUCUCAGGAGUUGGGGAUUUUGCUAGGAGACUUUUCAAAGUGUUCCUUACUGGGACAAGGUGGAGCCAUAUUUGCAGGAGCUCCAUUUUUAUCCCUGCUGAUGUUGAUGUAAGCUCUUCUGUGCAGGUGGAGCUAAUUCACGUCCCCAAUUCCCACCUCCCAUUAGAUAAAUGAAGCCCCCACCCCGACCCCGGCCGCCUUUUGAGUGAGGGCAGUAAGGAGAGGGCUCCCGAGCCUCUUGGGAACUGCCACAUUUCCACUUGGGAGAGGAAGGUGACCUGAACCUGUCCACUCCAGCCUUUUCUUCUGGACCCCUCCUCCCUCACCCCUUUCACCUGAGCUGUCCGAGGUAGGAAGAGUAGAGAAACAAUACCCACUACGCAUUCCCAUGACUACAGGAUCCACCAUUGUAGGAAAUAGGAAGACAACUUUGAUUUUGGUUUUGUAAGGGUUACAUGCUUCAGCUAUCUUUUCUCUGUCUUAAAUACUCAUGGGGGGGGAAACAGCUCACCCAAGGUGUUAGGUGUUCACAUUCAUAUUUAUUAAGUACAUUGGAAGAUUUAAUUCUGUCAAGUCUUUUCUUACCUCAGAUCAUUUUUAAAAGCAAGCCAAUAACAAGCUUCGGAGGCCAUGUUACCAUUCCUUCUCCCAAAAGACUCUCACGGUGCCUGAGGGCUUGUGUCUACUUUUUUAAAGUCAACAGUUUUUUUGUGUGUGUUCUAGUUUCCAUAGUAAGAGAGAAAAUAUAGAAAUAUUAUGCAAAAAAAUAUAGUUUUCUUUAGAUCAGAAACUGAUAUUUUCGAGUCAGCCAUAUGUAUUUUGUUUAAAGGAUUUAAAAUAAAGUGCCGUCAUGUAACCCUGUGGAAGGGAGUGCGUUACCAGCUGUUCAACAUGACAGGUGACUUAGUAUGUUUGUAAUUGGUUUAAAAACCAAUACACCAUACUUCCUUUCUCCAAACAGCCAUCUUUAUACAUAGGGGGGGAAAAACUUGUUGGGUUCUAGACUUUUUUAAUAUAAAUUUUGUUGAUAUGGAAUUGAAUAAGUUUAAGUGUUUAUGUGCAUAUGUUUUUUAUAUAUAAGUUUUUUUCUAUUCAGUUUCAGUGAUCCAACUGGCAGUGAGUAAAUAUGGCAUAAGUUAAUAAUGCUUUUCCCCAAAAUGGUGCUUUGGAUUUGAAAAGGGUCUGAUGGGGAGGAGAAAUGAUCAUCCUAGAUUCCUCUCUUGAUAAACCUAGCAAAACGGGUAGUAAACCAAGGAUAGAAAGGAAAACAGCCAGGAUGAAGGGACACAGCUGUCAGGAAAUGAAGGUGCACUCCACUGCCCCACCUGCCCGCCCGCCCGAGUGCAGAUGUAUUACCAGGCUUGUUGUAACUAGUGGCUAGGAUUAGGACCCUCCUGUUGGUUUUGUAUUUCUCAAAGAAUAAGCUGGCAAAGUGGCACCAAAGACAUUAAUCUCUCCUGGUCUGCAAGGACACUCUGAUUUGGGGUUUGCAUUUUUUUAUGGUUCUUCCACUUUGUUCCCCCUGGAGUUUUCCAUUAGUGAGUUUUUGUGCAAGGAUCUGAUUUGUGACUCCUUCUUUCCCCUAAAAAGAUUUUGUGCAAUAUGUUAGAUGGGAGACAGAGCUCCAGAUGGAGAACACGAUGACUGGUUCCGACCCUGGGUGACAGUCUCAGGGCUACGUCCUUCCCAUGGACGUCCUCUGUCCUUUGAAAUGACUCUCCUACCCCUGAAGGUGUUAAGAAAGAGACCACCUAGAAGUCCCUCUGGGCACUUGUGGAUUCUUCGGGGUUGGGUUUCUUCUUCCCUUCAUGCUUCCAAGGGGAGAGUUUGCACAGACAAAUCUGAGUGAUUACCUCACUGCCAAAAACCCAGAGGGGCGUGGCAAACUCAAAUGUGCCAGAAAACCUCUUAAUGCAUCCCUUCCUUUCUUCCCCAAAUCCCUUGCCUUACAAUUGAAGCCGCCCGUGGUACCAUCCCAAUAUGCACACUGCUUACCUUUCAUAUCUAGGAACCACCCACUGCAUUGGUGGGGGUGGGCGCUUACAAAUGCCUGCUGUUCUUAAGCCAUUCUAGCCUCUUCCUCAGAAUAGACCAGACCCCCUUACAUUCAGCUCAGUGCCAGAACUUCUGUAGUUAGGCCUGCUGUCCCCUUUCCUCUUGAUUAGGAGAGAUGGAGGGAGAAGAACUCCCAUGACUAAAUUGGCCUUUGGUUCAUGCUUUCUCCCUAUGUGAAUAUGCCAUAUAUAUGUGCCAACAAAUCUAUCCACGUUGUUCCUUUCAAAUCAGCACACAGAUAGGACUUUUGAGUUUCUUCUUCUUUUCAGUAACUAAUAUAGCAGCACAGGUAUUUUUGUACAAAAAAAGAAAAACAACAAAAGAUUGGCUGUUGUGGUCUGCAUGACAAACAAAUGUUGAUAUCAAAGCAAUGUGUACCCUAGUGUGUGUGGCCAUACCUGCAGUUCCGCUUAACAGCGCACCCAACCUGUAUUUGCAUUUUGAUAUUAUUUAAGCUCUAUGUACAAUGUUUUGCAUGUAUUUAUGUGGUUCUUAGGGGAAAAAAUGCUAUAAACUGGCAAAUCUGACAUUCAAAUAUGUUGUUCCACUGAGACGGCAAGAAGAGGAGUUUUAAAAGGGGUAAUUUUUUGGAAUCAAUAAAGCUUUUUGCUGAUGAGCAGAAACCAAUACUGCCAUGCACUGAGAAUAAAAACCCAUGCCCACCUGUAA